AAGAAAAAAAAAUCGAAAAAGUUUAUCAUACGGGAUUUUCAUAUAAACAAUAGCACUAAAAAUGAAGAAACAAUUUACUAAAAUGAUGAUAGCAGCCGAAAAUCUAUCAAGAUCCACUAAACAGGAUCGUAAAGAUUUCGAAUUGGAGAACGUUGAAAAGCAAGUAGAAAAAUAUCGUGAUGUUUUGGAGAAAAUGGUUCGAAAGCUACCUGUUAGCGGUAGUACGGUUAUUGAUAAUCAAGAACGUGAUAAACGUAUCAAGAAACAAAGUCAUUAUAAAAUUGGUAUUGCUUUAGAGGAAUCUUCUAAAGAGUUAUCAAAAGAUAUACCACUGCAUCAUGUAUUAGUUAAUUGCGGCGAACUUGAAAAGUCAAUUGCCGAGUGUAUUGUUGACAGUGAAUUGGAAACGGAGACGGAAGUGGUGCGGCGUCUUAAAUUAAUACUGGACAAUGAAAUCCAAGAGAUCUCUACAUUAAAACGCAACGUAUCCCGUACAGUACAAGAAUACACAUCAUUAAAGCGUAGUUAUGAGGCAGCUAUACGUUUGGAUGAAUCGCAGUCGAAGAUUAAUCAUAUUAAAGAUCAGCAGGAACAAUGUGAAGUGAAAUUGGACAAAGAACGUGAUGCCUGGGCGGCGCAAAUGUUUGAAUUGAUCGCCAAGGAAGAUGAUAUUGUUCAAUGUGUACGUGAUUAUAUAUUAAACCAAAGAAAUUAUCAUGAACGUGCUUUGAAAAAGAUCAACUCAUCAUUGGCCAGCAUACAGGAUAUUAUACAAUCAUCGGUUAAAACGCGUUUUGGUACUUCGCUUAAUGAGCAUUUAGCUUCGACGAAUCGUGAAAUUUCACAAAUUAUUGAGUUAUGUGUAUGCUGUUUAGUUGAGAAUGGUUUGUGCGAAGAAGGUCUAUUGCGUGUGGGUUGUGCUAGUACAAAACUAAGACGUAUGAAACACGCUUUAGAGGCUCAAUAUGUUAAAACUCCUCUACCAAUUGAUUAUCAAGAUCCGCAUGUUAUCGCUUGCAUAUUAAAAUUGUAUUUACGUGAAUUACCGGAACCCCUAUUAACGCAUAUCUAUUAUAAGGAUUUCAUAAAAGCAGUUGAGCAGCAUACCGAUGUAGAACGUAAGGCUGAAAUUAAACGAAUUUUAGAAAAGCUACCUAUUGAAAAUUAUAAAAAUUUACGUUACUUAACAAAAUUUCUAUGGUUAAUUACCCAAUAUGUCGGCGAAAAUAAGAUGAGUUCACAAAAUUUGGCGAUAGUUAUGUCGCCUAACAUGCUAUGGCCGCCAGUGGAUAAAAAUAAUCCGGCUGAUUAUAUGGGUCAAGUGAAUUGCUCAUCGGCUGUCAAUGUUAUCGUUGAAUUGUUAAUUAGUCAAUGGGAUUAUUUCUUUGAUGGUGAAGUAGACUUUUUUGUAACACUGCAACGCGGUAAAAUAUUUAUGGAGGAUAAAAAUAAAUCUUCAUCCUCGAAUGAGAAUUUAGAUCGUUCCGAAAAUGAUGUAGCCGAAAGUCCACGCUAUGGAACCAUAAGACGACAGAAACCUUGCGCCCCCUCACCGCCUACAAAAUUACAUAAUUUAUUAAAUCCAGAAAUCAAUGGACAAUCAUCGGUUAUGUUAGACUCUAAUAAUAAGCAAAAUAAUACUGAUAUACAACAAAUGCAACAACAACAACAACAACAACAACAACAAACUAAUCACCAAAGAGGUAAAGAAUUAUUUCCGGGUAAUAAUAAUGGCAGCAAUAGUCAAAAUAGCAGCUCUUCGUUUAUUGCAAACAAUAAUAAUAACAAUUCCAACAACAAUCAUAACAAUAAUAAUAAUAAUAAUGGUCAGAUAGAGAAACCAGAAAACUUAUCAUUAUCCAAACAGUUAAUGAUAACGUCGACAGAAAAUGUAACCAAUACAGCAGCGAUAAUAACAACAACAACAACCACGAAUGCAGCAUCUGUUGCAAGUGCAGCUGUUAUCAAUAAACCCAUACCCAUGACUCGUACACAAUUUUUAUGUAUGGAUAAUCUACCAUCACCGGUGGCUGAUCGUAAAAGUACUGAUAGCGUUAGUUCACUGACAUUUAAACCUGAUCUCCCGCAAAAACCAAAAAUACCCAAAAGACCCAUAACUUUGGGUUUGACAACAAAUACCUCCACGAAUGCAGUAAAUAGUAAUAAAAGUGAUGAGGAAAAUUUAGAAUUAAAUAGUAGCGGUAUUGCUGCUAUGAUUGGUAGUUUUCGUGGUCAUAAAACAGCUGUACAAUUGGUGCAAGAGCACUGUGAUAAUAUAACUGCUUUGCAGGCUAACAUAGGUACCAGUAAUACCUCUUCGGCACCUUUAAUUUUAGUGAGAGAGACAAAUCACAAUAAUCAACAACAACAACAACAAGCGAACGAAGUCAACGCUAAUGCUCAGUUAAUUAAUAAGCCUUCACAAAACAUUACAAAUCCUCCCGUUACGUUAGCAACCACUUCACAGACUUUUAUUAAUAAUGAGAAAACGCCAAUCGCAACGGAAACAACAAUACGUAUUACGCCUACGACACCUGUAACGCCCAAUAUUAUAAUAGCGCCAAAAAGGCCUACUGUACCGGCGCCACCGCCACCAGUGCUGGUGAAAAAGCAAGCAGAUUAACUUGUUGUCAUAUUUCUUCGCAUUAUUUGCACUUGGUAUCGACUUUAAAAGUAUUUACUAUUUGUUUUUUUUUUUUUUUUUUUUGCAUUCUCUUAAAUUUGUUCGAUUUGUUCGUGUUAUGUCCAUUACUAUGAUAGUAGGAAGUCAGAUUGUUUCACGAUUUCUUAACGAUUUCACAGAACUUUAUUUAAAAAUAUG